AUGGGCCUUUGGGGAGUACUGUGUUUUUUAAUAUUCAUGGGGAAAAGUUGGGGACAGGAGCAAACAUAUGUCAUCUCAGCACCCAAAGUAUUCUGUGUCGGAGCAUCUGAAACUGUUGUAAUUCAAGUUUAUGGAUACACUGAAGCAUUUGACGCAACAAUCUCUAUUAAAAGUUAUCCUGAUAAAAAAAUUAGCUACUCUUCAGAGUAUGUUAGUUUAACCCCCGAAAAUAAAUUCCAAAAUUCUGCAACCUUAACAAUACAACCCAAACAGUUGUCUGGAGGACAAAAUGCAGCUUCAUAUGUUUAUUUGGAAGUUGUUUCAAAGCAUUUUUCAAAAUCCAAAAAAAUUCCGGUAACCUAUGAUAAUGGAUUUCUCAUCAUUCAUACAGACAAACCUAUUUACACUCCACAUCAGUCAGUAAAGGUUAGAGUUUAUUCAUUGAACGAUGACUUGAAGCCAGCCAAGAGAGAAACUGUCCUAACAUUCAUAGAUCCUGAAGGAUCGGAAAUUGACAUGGUAGAAGAAACUGAUUAUACUGGAAUCGUCUCUUUUCCUGACUUCAAGAUUCCGUCGAAUCCUAAAUAUGGUGUAUGGACAAUUACAGCUAAAUAUAAAGAGGAUUUUUCAACAACUGGAACAGCUUAUUUUGAAGUUAAAGAAUAUGUCUUGCCACAAUUUACUAUCUUGAUAGAACCAGAAAGUAAUUUUAUUGGUUUUAAGAACUUUAAGAAUUUUGAAAUUACUAUAAAAGCAAGCUAUUUUUAUAAUAAAGUAGUCUCUGAUGCUGAAGUUUUUAUCUUUUUUGGAAUAAGAGAAGACUUACAGAAUGAUCAAAAGGAAAUGAUGCAUAAAGCAAUGAUGAGCACAAUGUUGACAGAUGGAAUUGCUCAAGUCACAUUUGAUUCUGAAGCAGCAAUUAAAGAACUGUCAUACAACAGUCUAGAAGAAUUAAACAACAAGUACCUUUAUAUUGCAGUAACAGUCACAGAGGCCACAGGUGGAUUUUCUGAAGAGGCAGAAGUACCUGGCAUCAAAUACGUCCUCUCUCCCUAUACGUUGAAUCUGGUUGCUACUCCUCUUUUCUUGAAGCCUGGAAUCCCCUACUCUAUCAAGGUGCAGGUUAAGGAUACGCUUGACCAAUUCGUCGGAGGGAUUCCAGUAACCUUGAAUGCACAAACAGUCGAUGUCAACGAAGAGACAUCCGACUUGGAGUCAAAGGAGAGCAUAACACGUCUCAGCGAUGGAGUAGCCUCGUUUGUGGUUAAUCUGCCAUCUGGAGUGACGGCACUCAACUUUGACGUCAAUACCAAUGCCCCAGAUCUUCCAGAAGAAAAUCAGGCCAGCAAAACUUUCCAGGCAGUAACAUACUCAUCUCUCAGCCAGAGCUACCUGUAUAUUGACUGGACUGAAAACUAUAAAGCCUUGCUUGUGGGACAACAUCUCAAUCUGUUGGUUACCCCCAGAAGUCCAUAUAUUGACAAAAUAACUCACUAUAAUUACCUGAUUUUAUCCAAGGGAAAAAUUGUGCACUUUGGCACAAGGGAGAAACUUUCAGAUUCAUCUUAUCAAAGUAUAAACAUCCCAGUGACCCAGAACAUGGUUCCUUCAGCCCGCCUCUUGGUUUACUAUAUCAUCACAGGAGAGCAGACGGCAGAACUAGUGUCUGACUCAGUGUGGUUGAACAUUGAAGAAAAGUGUGGCAACCAGCUUCAGGUCCGUCUGUUUCCAGAUGUGGAUGCAUAUUCUCCAGGUCAAUCUGUGUCUCUUAGUAUGGAAACGGAGUCACAUUCAUGGGUGGCAUUAACAGCAGUGGACAGUGCUGUGUACAGCGUUCAAAGAACAACCAAAAAGCCCAUGGAAAGAGUGUUUCAAGCCUUUGAGAAGAGUGACCUGGGCUGUGGAGCAGGUGGUGGCCGCAACAAUGCAGAUGUGUUCCGUCUAGCUGGGCUCACCUUCCUCACGAACGCAAAUGCAGAUGACUCCCAAGAAAGUGAUGUACCUUGUAAAGAAAUCCUCAGGCCAAAAAGAACACUGCUAGAGAAAAUAAAUAAAGCAGCUGCCAAAUACAAGCAUAAAAUGAUAAAGGAUUGUUGUUAUCAUGGAGCCCACCUUAACAAAGAUGAGAGCUGUGAGCAGCGAGCAGCCCGGAUUACAAUAGGCCCAAAGUGCGUCAAAGCCUUCAGUGAAUGCUGCAUCAUCGCAACAGAGUUCCGUGCUAAUAUGUCUCAUAAAAAUAUCCAACUGGGAAGGUUACAUACAAUGCCCUUGUUACCAGUAAGUAAGCCAGAAGUCCGGAGCUAUUUUCCAGAAAGCUGGUUAUGGGAAGUUCAUCAUGUUUCCAGAAGAAGCCAGUUGCAGCUUGUGCUACCUGAUUCUCUAACUACGUGGGAAAUUCAGGGUGUUGGCAUUUCAGACAGCGGUCUAUGUGUUGCUGACACUCUCAAGGCAAAGGUGUUCAAAGAUGUCUUCCUGGAGAUGAACAUACCAUAUUCUGUCGUCCGAGGGGAACAGAUCCAAUUGAAAGGAACUGUUUACAAUUAUAGGACUUCUGGCAUGAUGUUCUGUGUUAAAAUGUCUGCUGUAGAGGGAAUCUGUACAUCCGGAAACCCAGGCAGUGAGCGUCAGGGCAGGCGGCCUCCCGCAUGUGUGCGCCAGAGGGUGGAAGGCUCCUCCACGCACUUGGUGACCUUCAGUGUGCUGCCGCUGGAAACCGGCCUGCACAGCAUCAACUUCUCCCUGGAGACUCCAUUCGGAGGAGAAACUUUAGUAAAAACCUUACGAGUGGUGCCAGAAGGUGUCAAAAGGGAAAGUCACGCCGGUGUUACUCUGGACCCCAAGGGUAUUUAUGGUGUCAUUAGCAGACGGAAGGAGUUCCCAUAUAGAAUACCAUUAGAUUUGGUCCCCAAAACAAAUGUCCAACGGAUUUUGAGUGUAAAAGGACUACUUAUAGGUGAGGUCCUGUCUGCAGUUCUAAGUCAGGAAGGCAUCAACAUCCUAACCCACCUCCCCAAGGGCAGUGCAGAGGCGGAGCUGAUGAGCGUGGCCCCAGUAUUCUAUGUUUUCCACUACCUGGAAACAGGAAAUCACUGGAAUAUUUUUUCUGACUCACAUACUAAAAAACAGAACCUGAAGAAAAAAAUGAAAGAAGGCAUAGUGAGCAUCUUGUCCUACAGAAACACCGACCAUUCUUACAGCAUGUGGAAGGGAGCAAGUGCGAGCACUUGGUUAACAGCUUUUGCUUUAAGAGUGCUUGGACAAGUGAAUAAAUACAUAGAGCAGAACAAAAAUUCAAUUUGUAAUUCUUUAUAUUGGCUGAUUGAGAAUUGUCAAUUAGAAAAUGGAUCUUUCAGGGAAAAUUCCAACUAUCAACCAAUAAAACUGCAGGGUACCUUGCCUGAAGAAGCCAGAGAGAACUCCUUGUAUCUUACAGCCUUUGCAGUGAUUGGAAUUAGAAAGGCUUAUGACAUAUGCCCCCUGGUGAAAGUCAGCACAGCUCUAAUGAAAGCUGAGAACUUCCUGCUUGAAAACAGUCUCCAGGCCAAGAGCACCUUCACGUUGGCCAUUGCAGCCUACGCUCUUUCCCUGGGAGAUAGAACUCACUCACAGUUUCGUUCCAUCGCUUCAACUCUGAAGAGGGCAGCUUUAGUUAAAGGUGGUAACCCACCCAUUUACCGGUUUUGGAAAGAUGGUCUUCAACAAAAUAAAGAAACUUCCACACCUAAUGCUGGCACAGCCGGCAUGGUAGAAACCACUGCCUAUGCUUUGCUAACCUAUCUGAACCUGAAGGAGAUGAACUAUGUUAACCCAAUCAUCAAGUGGCUAACUGAAGAGCAGAGGUAUGGGGGCGGCUUCUAUUCAACCCAGGAUACCAUUAAUGCCAUUGAGGGCCUGACUGAAUAUUCUCUCCUGACCAAACAACUGCAGUUGAAUAUGGACAUCAAUGUCUCUUACAAAAACAAAGGUAACUUCCAGCAUUACAAGAUGACAGAGAAGAAUUUCCUUGGGAGACCUGUAGAGGUGCCUGUCGAUGAUGACCUUGUCAUCAGCACGGGACACAGCAAUGGCUUGGCUACUGUGCAUGUCACAACUAUAGUUCAUAAAACUAGUACCUCUGAGGAAAUUUGCAGCUUUCAUUUGAAAAUCGAUACCCAGGACAUUGACGCAUCCCACUACAAUGGCUACAGCAAAUUGGGAUACAAACGCAUAAUAGCAUGUGCCAGCUACAAGGCCAACAAGGAAGAUUCGCCAUCUGGAUCCUCCCACGCAGUGAUGGACAUCUCUUUGCCCACUGGAAUCAGUGCCAAUCAAGAUGACUUAAGAGCUCUUGUGGAAGGAGUAGAUCAACUAUUAACUGACUACCAAAUCAAAGAUGGACAUGUGAUUCUGCAAGUGAAUUCAAUUCCUUCCGGUGAUUUUCUUUGUGUCCGAUUCCGGAUAUUUGAACUUUUUCAAGUUGGCUAUUUGAGUCCUGCGACUUUUACAGUAUAUGAAUAUCACAGACCAGAUAAACACUGCACCAUGUUUUACAGUACUUCCUACUCCAAAUUCCAGAGAAUCUGUGAAGGAGCAAUGUGCAAGUGUGUGGAAGCUGACUGUGGGCAAAUGAAGGAAGAACUGGAUCUGACAAUCUCUGCAAAUACUAGAAGAGAAACAGCAUGUAAACCUGAGAUUGCAUAUGCUUAUAAAGUUAGUGUCACAUCCAUCACUGAAGAAAAUGCUUUCAUCAAGUACACAGCAACCCUUCUGGAUGUCUACAAAACUGGGGAAGCCGUUGCUCAGAAAGGCUCUGAAAUCACAUUCAUUAAAAAGACAACCUGUGCGAAUGCUGACCUGGUAAAAGGAAGACAGUAUUUGCUUAUGGGGAAGGAAGCCCUGCAGAUAAAAUACAAUUUCAAUAUCAAGUACAUCUACCCAUUAGAUUCCUCCACCUGGAUUGAGUAUUGGCCUACAGAAACAGCAUGUUCGUCGUGUCAAACAUUUUUGGCUACUCUGGAAGAGUUCGCUGAAGACAUCUUCUUAAAUGGCUGUGAAAAUGCCUGAAGGCAGUUGGCUGCAGGCAGGUUUCACUUUCGGAGACUCCUAAUGCUGAAGCCCCAUUUUUGUAAACAUCCACAGCUGGUCUCACUUGACAAUCUCACUAUACUUAGAAUUAGGGGCACUAGCUUUUUAUUAGAGAAUGACUUUAAAAACUUUGACUCUCAGAAGAAUAUGGCUUAGGGCAGGGAGGUGAGGGACAUGAAGAUGGAGAGUGCAAGGUUAUUGGACGCUAGGAGCCGUAACCCGGAACACCGCCUAAAACCUCCCACUCGGGAAUGUUUGCUGGGGCUGGGAUCACUGCCGCAUUGAAAUGGAGCAUCUCACCCAAAACAUAGCCUUUGCUUGAAAGAAAAUACCAAGGAACACAAAACACAUCAUUAAAACCUGACUUUGCUUUGAGAAUUUGCUAAAUGGCAUGUUGUUUUCUGCUAGUUCAGCUUCAGUCACCCCAAGACAGCCAAAUGGAGAAAAUAGUAGAGAACCUUUGCCCUAAUAUAGCCUAACCCUGGGGCCCUUAGCAAAACUGAGGGUGUUGGAGAAUGUCUCUCCUCCCUGCCCUCCCCAACCCUGGCCCUAUGGCCCUCUCCAUACCCAGACUUGCGAUCCCGCUGGCCCUUUCUCUCCCUCCCAGCACAG